GGAAAGAAAAGAUCAAGAAGAUGUUGCGAUUAUGAGUGGAUACAAGAAGAUGACAAUGUGUGUUGCCAUCAUAUGGAGCUGCCUUUGCAUCGCUUUCAUUGGAGCUUCGGAAACUGAACGGCGGCUCCAUCAGACGCUCUUCUAUAACUACAACUUGAAGGUGCGACCAGCUCGUUACUGGGAAGAGAGGGUGAUGGUCCGAGUGGGGAUGACUCUAUCUCAGCUUGUCAGCUUGAAUGAGAAGAAUGGUGAGAUGACAACCAACGUGUACAUGAAUCUGGCAUGGACAGACUACCGACUGACAUGGAACCCAAAGGAAUACGAUAACAUUCACGUCUUGAGGAUUCCUCCAAACAAAGUGUGGCGUCCAGACAUCUACCUCAUCAACAAUAAUGACGGCAACUUUGACGUAGCUCUGUAUGUCAACGUCUUAGUUUACAGCGACGGGAGGGUCAACUGGCUUCCGCCGGCCAUCUACCGCAGCAGCUGUUCUAUUGAGGUGGCGUACUUCCCGUUUGACUGGCAGAACUGCAGCAUGGUUUUCCGCUCGUACACCUACGACGCAUCCGAGGUGGACCUGCAGUACUUCCUAGAUGACAACGGAAAUGAGAUCCAUGAGAUUGUAAUAGACGAGAACGCGUUCACUGAAAAUGGAGAGUGGGCCAUCUGUCACAAACCCACAAAGAAGAACGUUAAGGAGGACUUGUAUGAGGACAUCACUUUUUACCUCAUCAUACAGAGGAAACCUCUGUUCUACAUCAUCAACAUCAUCAUGCCCUGCAUCCUCACCAGCAUGUUGGCUAUAUUUGUCUUCUACUUGCCUCCUGGAGCAGGAGAGAAGAUGACGCUCUCUAUUUCUGUGCUCAUCGCUCUCACUGUCUUCAUGCUCCUGCUGGCUAAGAAGGUCCCUGAGACAUCUCUUGGUAUUCCAAUCAUUGUCAACUAUGUCAUGUUCACGAUGAUCCUUGUCACCUUCUCUGUCAUCCUGAGUGUGGUCGUCCUCAACCUUCACCACAGAAAUCCCAGCACUCACAUGAUGCCAUACUGGGUUCGAAAGGUAUUCAUUGACUUUCUCCCCAAGUUCAUUGGCAUGAUGAGGCCCAUUCCGCAGGGACCUGUGCUAAAAGAUGAGACACCAAUUCGAACCUUCAAUGGAUGGCACCCCGGAGGAGAGUAUGUCUUUCGGAAAAUCAACCCUGAUCUUGUUUUACCCUGGAGAGGCAGGGGUGAGGGCACAGUGCAUCUCCAGAAGCUCCCAGACACCGACGCCUUCUGCCUGAUCCUUCCGCCCAACCUGAAGUCAGCUGUGGCCGCUGUGACAUACAUGGCCGACCAGCUGAAGAAGCAAGACAUAAAUGAAAUGAUGACGGGAGACUGGCAGUUUGUGGCCCUGGUGGUGGACCGCCUCUUCCUGUGGUUGUUUGUCAUCAUCACCACUCUGGGAACCCUGGCCAUGUUCCUGGACGCCAGUUUCAACUAUGUGCCAGACAAACCCUUCCCAUAGAACACAACAUGUAAAACCAUUUGAGCAAGACUUUUACACGUCCUUAGCAAUCCAGCCAAGACGCACUCCAACAGCUACAGCAUCAUGGAGUCAACUC